AUGAUUGUUCUGCUCACUCACCUGGGGGACUCUGUUUGUUUAGCUGGAGAGAUGCUCUCCGUUGCCGAACACUUCCUCGAACAGCAGAUGCACCCGACUGUGAUCAUCGGAGCUUAUCGGAAGGCCCUGGAUGACAUGAUCAGUAUUCUAAAAAAAAUUGGCACUCCAGUGGAUGUGAACAACAGAGAGAUGAUGCUUAAAAUAAUCAAGAGCGCUAUAAACACCAAGGCAAUAAACCGUUGGUCUGACCUGGCCUGCAGCAUCGCUCUCGACGCCGUCAAGACCGUGGAGUUUGAGGAAAACGGCAGGAGGGAAAUAGAUAUCAAGAAAUACGCUAAAGUAGAAAAG